AUGCAGGCCAAAGAGGACAAGUCAGCCAUUCCGGAAUUGAGACGAGGGGGCCUUCAGCUACGCCUGGAUGCCAGCGAGAAAUUCCACAUGCAUCACAAGUUCGUCAUUCUUGACGAUGCCACCCUGAUAUCUGGGUCCCUCAACUGGACUCAUGCUGCAGUAGAGCGUGGCAACGAAAAUGUGAUUAUCAGCAGGCGACCUGCGUUGUGCAGAAGCUUUGCGCUCGAGUUUGAACGAGUGUGGGCUGCAUUCCAGACCGGAGAUGUUGCACAAGCACCGCCAGCCGAGUUCGAUGGCAAUGUGGCAACCCUCUUUUUUCCGGAGCCUCAAAUGAAGAACGUGGGGUUAAUUUUGGCGGAAUUGAACGGCGCUCGUUCAAGCAUUGACCUUGCUAUCUUCACUUUGACGUUGGACACUGUGGCAGAAACCCUGCUCCAGAAGCACCGGCAAGGCCUUCGCGUUCGGAUCAUCACAGACAAUCGCCAGGCAGGCGUACCCGGGGCCGAUGCUCAGAGGCUGCACCAGCAAGGUUUGGAGGUCCGCACAGACAGGUCAUGGUACGCCAUGCAUCACAAGUUCGCAGUGAUCGACAAGCGCACGGUGAUCAAUGGUUCAUUUAAUUGGACAGCGCAGGCCACCAAAGGAAACCAAGAAGAUGCCAUCAUCUUCCGUGAUCAGAAGGGAUUGGCAGCGUCUUUCAGCGCCGAGUUUGAGAGGAUGUGGCAAGACUUCAAGCCUCUGGGUUCUUGA